AGAAGUGGUAUAUAGAAUGUGUAAGCGUUCAGAAAUAACCUGCUUGUUGUCUUGAGAGCAGUUUGUUCUUCUACAGUUACUGGUUUCAUCAACCGUGAGUUUGGACGAAACUAAAAUUUAGACAUGAAUCUCGACGUUGAUCAUAUUUUAAAUUCAGGAAUGAGUCAUUCCGAGUUGUACAGGAUUUUAUCAUUAGAGGGAAUUCGCACUGCACAAGUCAAGACUGGUGUUUUACUAUACUUGUGUACAAAAGAACGCAGGACAUGUCUACGCGACCACAGGUCGGCAGAACUAGCUGCAUGUAUCCAUGCUGCAGGCGGUUGCGUAGUGCAUCGCACAGGCGACGCGAUUCUGGCUGAGUGGGUGGAGGAGAACGUGCAGAUGAGUGACACCAUAUCUCAUGUUGUCCAAUGUGCUUGCACAAUUCUGGAGGUGUACAAACUCCGCAGGAGCGAACCUGGCGAUGAGCGACCUAUCAAAAUAGCAUUAUCAGCUGGGGGGUUCACCAAGAUGAGACUAGGAGAUGAAGAGAGACAGGUUUGUGCUGUCAUUGGCCCGGCUGUGGAAGAGAUACGAUCGGUUCAGGCGCUGCUGGAGCAUGGCGUCAUCAUUCUGUGCCCCGAAGCAUGGCGGCACUGCGAUAGACAAAACCUUACUGUCGAAAAUAUUGCAAAUGAAGACGCUGUCAAGGUGCGAUGCAGCACGGAAGAGCAAAGUAUCUCAGUGGAUGACCUGCGCCGUUACAACACUCGCAUUCAUAUGACGAAAAACCCAAUAACAUACCUAAUAACAAAUGAGGAGAGAGAAACCUUCAUCCGUGAGUUUAUGAUUCAAACAGCCCAGGACAGGAUACAUGAAAAUCAGCAAUGGGAAGCCUACAAUCCUGGCCUGCCAGAGAUGUGGCCUACCACCAUCGUGUUUGUGUAUCUGCAAUUCGUGCUGACUCAGACGGAUCUGAGAUCCGCUCGUCAAGAAGUCAGCGAAACUAUUGCAGAGCAGAUGUUCAGGUGCCGUGGGGAAAUCUGCGACAGCAUCUUUUUUGAAGAGGGCUGUAUAUUUGUGUGUGCCGUUGGCUUACCUGGGGAUAAGAGACAGGAUAAGACUGCUCAAGCAGUGCAGGCUGCCUUCCGGAUACAUGAGACGUGCUGCCAACAAAUGGACAGUGUUUCGAGUAUCUCUAUAGGCGUAGCUACCGGAAGAGUCAAGUACAAGUUUGAGCAGACCCCUUUGAGAGAAAGUUGCAGAGUGUAUGGACAGAAAGUGCGUGAGGCUGCAGAGUUGUCGAGGGAAAACCCAGGGAUUGUGUCAUGUGAUGAGCCGACCAAACACUACUCCUUGCUGCCUCUUUCAACCUUUAAGCCUCAAAAGUCGACCUGUCGGGUUGUGCUUGUUCUUGAACCUGGAUUGUCACCUGGUGAGAUGAACAGCAGGCGAUUGGCUUUCGCUAACAUGCAGACGAUGCUGUACGAAGAGCAGGAGGUGGUGAAAUGUGCCUCUGUUAUUGGACACUUCAACGAUAACAACUUCAACGUUGAGCUGCUGAAGAACACGCUGCCUCGUAUGAAUGAACAGGAGCUCAUAAUCCUCCUGAGAUCACUGUUUAGAGCGGGCAUCUUCAAGUGUGCUUCAGAGCCCAGGGACGUCUCAUCAACCAAGACCUGUUACUGCGAGAACAGCUGCGAAGAGUACAUUCGGUUCUCAGUGGAUCCUGUGUGGACGUGUCGGCAGAUGAGUUUCUGCAGCAAGGAUGAAAUGGAGACAGUAUAUAUGUAUGUAAAAAUGAGUGGGGCGAAAUUCCGUGAGAUCCACAAGGGCUGUGCCCGAUUCCUGGAGAAAAAGGCCUACCGCUGCAGCAAGUGUGAAGCCAGGAGUUUCCUGUUCGAAAAGGAAGUAUUCCCAGAUGACAAUCGCGAGCAUCUCUUGGAGAUCUUAAAGGAAAUACAGCAUUAUGAGAUCUUUCCUAGCCAAGGCACUCGCUCUCGAAAUCAGGCGUACCCAACUGAAGGAAAUGGUAAUGAUACAGAGAACUUCCUGGCCAAGGUGAUGUCAGUACUGACGGAAGGGCGUGAUAGGACGACUGCAGGCAGCUGCGGGUGUGCUCAGCUAGUAGCGGCAGUACUCAUCCCUAGACUGAGACACUGGAGGCUUGCAGGAGACGUGCCCGCGACAUUUUACUACUUGGUGGAGAGUGCAGCUGCCUGUGUAUAUCUUCAGAAUGAUGAUAGGGCGUUGGAGUAUUUGACUGAAGCCAGGUCCAUUAUGGAAAAUUUAAAAGAAGGGAAGCCUGCAUUUCCGUCGGCACUUUCUGAAAACGUGCAAAUCGGUGAAUUUCAGCAAGUAUUUGUGCAUCGGUUCACAGGAGAGAUUCUGUUUAAAGCAAGGAAAAUUCUGGAGGCAGAGGAGAGUUUUAAGAACGCCUUGAAGAUCCUGAACUUCAAACUGCCUCGCAGUUCUGUUGCACAAUCUUAUAAGCGCAAUUACCAGUCCAAACCGUUGCACAUCCCAGAGGAAAGAACGCUAUACCAUCUGCAGGAAUGCAUCAAUUGUCUGUCUUUCCUGUGGAAAAUCGAUUGCAUGCGUGGCCAGCUCGGGAGUGCAUCGGUGGCCAUCACCAUGGAAAUCAAUCUUGCCAUCCAGAGCACCGAUCCCUUCAAGAUCGUCUACUCUGCCAUCGACUAUCUCAAGUACAGUCAGUUUACAGGUGAGGAGAGCGUGUGCAAGCGUCUCGAAGCCUUCCUGUGCAGGACUUGUGCCAGCCUGUCAGGCCACCCUGAGGGACGGAGGAUGAUCAGCCACUUGACUCAAACCCUUGCUAUCGUUAAAAUGUGCACAGGGGACCUGGAGCAGUCCAUCGAGUGCACAAUUCGAGCUCAGCAGCUGGGUGAAGUCCAGAACAGACCCGGUUUGGACGUGAGGACCACAGCUGCAUUCCAUCUGCCUCUGCUCCUCACUGACAGAUACAGCGAGAGUGUGCAGCAGAUCCAGACUCUGAGCAAAGAAAGGUCAAGCAGUAUAGAUAAGGGCUGGUUUUAUGCUGCCUGCAUGAACUUCUUGCUGUAUGCUGGAUUUGUACUCAGACCAUUCGAGGAGUGUUUGUCUUUUGUGGAAGAGUCUCGGUCAGAUGCUAACCUAGAAGCUGAGAAGAGUCUGAUGCUGCAUCUUUACUCUGCAGUGGCUCUGUGGUAUGCACGGCUGGAAAAUUGGGAGAUGUUUGCAGUCUUCUUUGAUAAGGCGUAUAAAGUGUACCCUCAGAUUCCAACCUCCAUUGAGGCCAUCAGUGGUGUGGUCAUGCUCCUGGAGUGCAGCAUCCUACUCUUCAGGAAAGAACUGACUGAUUGCAGCCGUCAAAGAAGGAUUACCCUUAAAGGAGCACAAAAGCUCUUUUCAGACUUCACACAACGUUUUGGAAAAAGUCACAUCUUCGCCCCGCGUGUGUUGCACCUGAAUGCUUACCUGCACCAGCUGACUGGAAGGGAAACACUAGCGCAGGACCUCUUCAGGGAAGCUCUGGUGCUGUGUGAGAAACAGGGCAACCUUCUAGACCAGAACUGGAUCAGGCAGAGCCAGGUUGACUGCUCUGGUGCAUGCAGCCACACUCCAGCAGAGUGGUCUACAGCUGUUCUGAGCAUGCCCAGAUGGGACAAAGCAGCAAAACUCCAGCCUGACGAGCUGCUUAACUAUCGCUUCUACUUGAAACAAGCAGAGGUUACACGGCGUUCCCAUAUUUUGUAAGAACUUGCAGGUAGUCAAAUGUGGCAUGAAAAUACAAAUUGGAAAUUAAACAGUGAAACCGAA